UGUCACUUUAAGCCGGUGCGGAAGUAACCGCGGAGUUUACGCAACGUUCAUAGGAAGGUCGGUGAAUUUCAACACUACAGUUAAUUAAACAAACCCGUCCGUGAACCGGUUUCAUUCAGCACAAAGGUAGAGUACCGUCAUUUCACACAGGACUACCGGACUUUAUGACAGCGUCAGCUCACGUCCGUCACUUUGCUCGGUAGGGAAAGCAGCGUGCUCGGACAGCACGUACCGGGUGAAUAGGUGUUAGUUUUUAAACCGAACAGCUCGGUUUCUGUCAUGUCUGGGUCCAAAUGUGUUCGGCUGACCGGAGCCCUGGUGAAACAAGUGCUGGACUCCGUAGACAGCGUCCUGUUUGACUGUGACGGGGUUAUCUGGCGUGGGGACCAGGCCGUCCCCGGUGCCGCUCAGGUCAUAAACCUGCUCAAAGAAAAAGGGAAGAAAGUCUUCUUCGUCACCAACAACAGCAGCAAGACGAGGAAGAUGUAUGUGGACAAAAUGACAAGUCUGGGUUUCAACGUGAAAGAAGAGGAGGUGUUCGGGACCGCGUACUGCUCCGCCAUGUACCUGAAGACCGUCUGCAAACUGCAGGGUAAGGUCUACCUCAUAGGGAGCAACGCCAUGCAGCAGGAGCUGGAGGCGGUUGGGAUCCAGCCGACCGGGGUGGGACCCGACCACAUCUCCGGGAAGCAAGCCGACUGGGCUAACGUGCCUCUGGAUCCAGAGGUGAAGGCGGUGGUGGUGGGUUUCGAUGAACAUUUCAGCUACAUGAAGCUGAACAGAGCCAUGCAGUACCUGAGCCGGGAGGGCUGUCUGUUUGUGGGGACCAACAGGGACACACGGCUGCCUCUGGAGGGAGGCAAGGCUGUACCAGGUACGGGCUGUCUGCUGCAGGCUGUCGAGACAGCGGCCCAGCACCGUGCCCAGACGGUUGGCAAACCCAACAACUUCAUGUUCGACUGCGUGGCCUCCCAGUUCGGCGUGAACCCCGACCGCUGCCUGAUGGUGGGCGAUCGCCUCGACACCGACAUCAUGCUCGGCUCCAACUGCGGCCUGAAGACCCUCCUAACCCUCACAGGGGUCAGCACUGUGGCAGACGCUGAGGAUCAUCAGAAGAGCGGCUCCGCAGAGAGGCAGGGGAUGGUGCCAGAUUAUUACGUGGAGAGCAUCGCAGACCUUCUUCCGGCUCUGCAGGGAUGAAACUAGCAAGCCUAGCAAUAUUUUUUUUAACCAUAAUAUUAUUUCUAUUACAAAGUCACAACCAAGAUGAUAGCUGCUGUGUGACGGAGGAGACAAAGACUUAAAUUAAACCUGCUCAUUUAACAUGAUGUUUUAUUAACAAUAACUUAAGAACAAUGAUUUACAGUAUUAUUUCAUUGUAAUCUAAGUGUUAAAGAGACUCAAGGAGUGUUUGUUUUUAGGAAAGUGAGUGUACUUUAAAGUCUUUUAUUCUGUGUGUGACGCAAUCUCCCCCUUAAACAACUACAAGUCAAACUCAAGAAGGCAAAUGUGCGCACAAUUGUGUGCCAACAGUUUGGUAAUAUAUGUGUGUUCAGGUUUACAGCUCUGUUUUUGUGGGUAUUGUUACACCCCAGCAAGUGCUAACAUUUGCAGUGGGAUGGUGCAAUGAUACCCUGUUAUGUUACGUCAUUAGUGAGUCCGAUUAACAGACUGGCAUAUAUGUUUUAAAGGUAGGUUCCUCUUACCAUCUGCCUCUUUCUGACUUGUCCUCGACUCCACAGUCACUCAACGCAAUGCUCAGAUUUGUAAUAAAAUGCAAACUAUCUUCACUAAA